CUCUCUCUUCCCUGUUCUCUUCUCUCUUCCACCUCCCUCAUCUUCUCUUGUCCCCCACGCCUCUGUCUCUUCUCUCCCUCUGUUCCCCACGCCUCUGCCGCCUCCACGUGAAGAUCUGUUGAGAUUCCAACGGAUCCAUUUUUUUUACUCAUUUUGAAAACUUAGAUAAUUCAAAAUCCCACCCAAUUUUCAGAUUUGAAGCCCAAGCAAACCCUAGAAAUCCUCCUAUAAAUAGGAGCUUCGGAAUCCACUGAAGGGAGGCUUUUUUUGGAGUCACGAAAUUCCCCAAGAAUAAAAGUUUGAACCGCCUUGAAUUCCUUAAAAAUAUUAGUUUUUAGUAGUCAAGAAUACCCAAAUCAAUUUUUCUGUUUUCAUUCGCCUUGUUGCUGCUGCGAAUCCGAGCAUCGCAAGCUCAGAUUUAAUAGUGUUCGAGUGUGAAUCGGAGACCCCGCACCUUGUUCGCUGCACUCGCAAAAGGUAACCAUGAGUCAACACAACAUUUACCCGAGGUUUAGCAUGGUUUUGAGCGUUCCUCCUCAACUAAAAGCAUGGUGGAUCGAAUUGGGUGACUACGGACAACGGUUAGUACGUGGAGCGUUGGGGCAUUUACCGUCUUUGAUGGAUAUCCAACCGUGUAGAGACAUCAUCGAGGCAGCAACUGUGUUUUGGGACGAGAAAAGGGUCGUUUUUAGGUUUGGCAAUAAUGAAAUGGCUCCAUUGUUAGAAGAAAUAGGGGGCUAUGUAGAAAAUGCUGCUUUGUUACGUAAGAAGAAAAAAUGGCAAAAUUGUAGCAUGAUUAUUCCAAAAGAGCCUUCACCAAAAGAAUUUGUUGACAGUUUCGGAUUUAGGAAGGGUAAAGGCGUAGAAUGCUUACAAGGGUCUACAAUACCGUUUGAUUACUUGUAUCAUAGAUGUGGCUAUCAAUGAAGUUUCACCCAUCAUCAAGAUGAAUUAUUUUCGCAUGACUCUUGGGAACAAAAAUGAUGCUUUUCCUUCGCAGUAUGUUUUUUGGGCACUAUGGUAUUCCCUAAAGGAACAACAAGAGAUAUUCACACCCGACUCAUUACUGUAACUGAAGCUCUAUUUAGUGGCAUUGGAGGGAAAUACUACACAGUGGUCCCUAUGGUCGUGGCAGAUAUCUACCGAGCAUUAGGACGUUGCAAGCACGGCUACAAGCAUUUUGAGGGAUGCAACUUGAUUUUACAGAUUUGGUUGAUGGAACAUCUUCAAAAGGUUGACAGAAGUCUAGCACUUCAAAAGCCGACGGGUGAAAAUCACAUUCUGGGACAUGUUCCAGGCGCAAUUGUGACUAAUAGAACAUUCGAAAAGCCAAAUUGUGUAGAAGGGUGGGUAAGACUUCUCAGCCAUUUGAACGAUGAUUCAAUUCCAUGGAUGUUCAGUUGGUUUCCAUCCGAGGGUUUGGUGUUUCGUACGAAGAUCGUGCCAUUUUUAGUUUUGAUAGGACUUCGGGGCUUGCAACCUUACACCCCACAGAGAAUUUUAAGGCAAUCGGGAAGAAAGCAAAACAUACCUUUAGUGGUAGACAUGGAUCAUUAUCAAGCCGACUACAAGGAGGGAAAAAUUCCUUUUGCAAAAGAGGUUAUCAACAUGUGGAAAUCGAGGGAAACUAUGAAAGCAGAUUCAAUCGAGCCAAAUAUAUACCAAGCUGGAUGCGAGGAUAACUAUCUGGAGUGGCUCAAGAGCAAUGAAAGGCCUUCCUCAUUUUAAUUAGUCAAGUAGUAAUUGUAAUAAUUUCUUUUACAUUGGGAUUUUAAAUUCUAAACAUUGUAUGGGGCCUUCAA